AUCUUCUUAUUUAGAAAGAUAAUAUUGCUAUUUGUCAUUAGACCUUAAUAUGUACUUCUCGUUUAAAACCUUUCUAUAGUUUGUUGAGACCUCUUUUGGACCGAGCUAAGGAAUCAAAGUUAGAAACCCUAUAUAACCUUUUACCCAUCUGGCCCCUAAAACACACACAACUCCUCAUCUCCUUGUCAUUUUUUGUUCUUUUUCACCAUGGGCAGAAGAAAGGUAACACACCAAUUGAUUUCUGACAACUCCACUCGCCGAGUUACGUUCAGAAAACGCAAACAUGGUCUGUUGAAGAAGCUCAAUGAGUUAACCAUUCUUUGCGGCUUACGCGCUUGUGCCAUCAUCUACAGCGACUACGAGGAAGGCCCUGAGGUCUGGCCAAACCGCAAAGAGGUUCGUGUUCUUCUCAACCGGUUCAGGGAACUCCCGGUAGAGAAACAGACCAAGUUCAUGAUGGACCAAAAAGAUCUGAUGACAAGAAUGAUCCAAGACGCAAAGAAGAGGUUGGAGAAAGAGCAGAUGCAUAGCCGUGUGAUGGAACUUGGGUUAAGAGCUUCGUCUACUGAUAUAAACGAUGGUGAUUACUCGGAAGAUCUGAUCAAAGCAGCCGAUGUUGUUGAGAAGAAGAUCAAAGUCAUCAGAGAAAGAAUCAAGGCUGUAGAAUCAGGAGCAGCCAUCGUCAUGAUAGAAUGAAUAGCCUUUCAAAAACAUUCAACUAUGCUUUAUUUUCAUGGAUUGUCAUUGUUAGGAUUACUGUCUUGAAUGUUUCUGUUUUAUGAUUUAUUAAAGAUGAAGAGAAUAAUAUUGAUCUCUUUGAAAAAAGAAUAAAAAUAAAAUAAAAUAAAAAUAUUGAUCUCUUUGGCUUUCUCGGUACCAUCGCUUAGAGCUGGUCAGGAUCAAUGUAAGGCUGGACAUUUUAUCACUAAAAUCUAAUUUGAUUUGUUA